AUGUGUCUACGCUGUGCAGAUGAUGAUCGCACCCAAGUCUACCCCGAAGCAUCAAGAAAUCAUCCUUCAGAGGUCAGUGCCAAGCAGUCUAUAGAUAGACGUAUCAGGUAUAUGCGAAACCUAAGAAAAGAGAAGAAGAAAUUAAGUAAGCAGUUUUCAAGGCCUUCUCCUGUUCCAGAACCAGGACUCCGGUUGUCUCCUGGUGAUAAUGCUAUUAACAGAAAGUUUGGUCUUUGA